AUGACUUUCCAAAUGUUUUGUAAUGCUCUCUUUAACAGUAAGUGUGCCUUAACUGAACAUGAAGUCUAUGAAAUGGAAAGUAAUGACUAAUUUGAAAUAAGAGAGAUCAGGGAAGAAGACUUUGAAUAAUUCUAAAAUCCAAUGCUCGGAUAGAUUCACAAUACUGAUGCAAUACCAAGGGACUAGUAUGAAAUAAAUAUUUAGUAUGGUGCUGAAUCUGGAAAAUAAUUGGUAGUUGUAGCGAUUGAAAGAAAAUCUGAAAAGCUGGUAGGAAUAAUCAAAGGAACAAUUAGCAUUGAUACUGAAAAUGGUCCCCAAAAGAGGGUGAUGUUUGAUGGCUUUGCAGUUCUGAAAGAAUAUCAAGGAUAGGGUGUAGGAAUAAGAAUUUUCAAAGCUAUUUAAAGAGUGUCACUACUGAGAGACGUUAAUUUCUUUGAGCUUUGUUGCACUGAAAAUGUUGAAAAAUUCUAUCAUAAGUUGGGAUAUUAAAAAGCACCCUAUUUUUUCACAUUUGUAAAUCCAUAAAAUCUGAUAGAAAAAAGCAAAGAUUCGUAAUACUAGGAAGAUACUUCUUAAUAGAUUGAAGUUAAAACCAGUUUAUAAAGAUUUGACAAUCUUUUCAGAGUUUUGAAAGGAACUAACUUUGAGGCUGUUAAUGUUGAAGUUGAUACCUUUCUCGAAAAGGACAAGUUAAACGAUUUGUGA